AUGGACGAAGAAAUAUUAAACAAGUACGCCACGAAGAACAGCAUAAACAACAUCCCGUAUAGUAACUUCUUCGUGGCGCAGAAGAGAAAAAUGCUGGAGGAGGAGUAUGCCAAUAGGGACAACUUUGGUCAUGUGAAUAAGCGAGCCAAAAUAUCACUGUAUGAUAAUUUUGAAUCGCUGAAGAAGCUUAGGUUAAGUGAAAAUGACGUCUGCAUAGACCACUUUAAGGAUAUGGACAAGUACAUCAAUCAAGUAAAGGAGUUAAGGAGCAUUUAUAAUUUUCUCUUUAGUGACCAUUUAACGAAUGAACAUGAUAUUUUGCACGUGAAUAGAAAAUUCUGUUCCAUUCAAUGCAAUGAAAUUAUCGAUAGGAAUAUCUUCUUUGAGAGUUCUGCAGAGAGGUCUAGUAAUGGGUUAUACAGUUUUGCCAAGGGUGGACUGAAUGUCUGCAGCGAUGCGCUGAUAAGGAAGAAGGGGAUGCCUGAAAUGGAGGCACAUGGAGUGACCGUGGGGGAGAAGAGUGCAGACUGGGGAAGUAGCAGGAAAAAUAUUCACACCCUUAACGGUGAUAGCACCAUUGAUAAUUACCCUAUUCAGAGUGAGGAAAAUUUAGAAGGUCUCCCCGGAGGAAGCGGUAGAAUCCCCCCCUUCGGAAGAAGAAUUCUUAAUAGCGUCUCGAACCAAGUACUGUACAUCGAUGACUUGUCCCCGUAUGACAUUCUGCUGCUAGUGUCUCUAGUCACGCAGCUGCAAAAUGAACAGAAGGAAAAUGAAAAGGAAGAAAAAAACUUAGAAGUACUAGCGAACAUUGAUGAAUUUCAAGUGAAUGCACAUUCGCUAAAAGAAAUUUUCAGAAACUAUUUUAAAGAAAAAUCCUUUCAAUGUUUUACGUGCGGAUUACGAUUCAGCUCAAGCUUAGAGAAACUAAACCAUUUGGAAAAUCAUUACGAAAAAAAUAAAUAUUACACGAGUGGCGGGGUAGAAAAACCAGGUGCGAAUAGGAACCGGAAAAAAAUUGUUUAUCUAGACCAUAUGAGUAUAUCUAUUGAAUUUUUUAUCUGUAAGGAGUACUCUAUUUUUGAGGAUGUGUAUGAAAAUAUAGUUACGAAAAAUUAUAGCUCCUUUAAUUAUAAUGCCAAGUGGGAGGCGGACCGGAAGACCAUCCACGUGGAGAGGAACUACGGCAGUGUGAAUGAUUCGGCCCUUUUGAAGACAGCCAAGGGGGAGAGUGACGGGACGAAUUUCGCAUCGCGUGUAAUCGGUUUGGCAGAUAAUGAAGAACCUGGUGAUGUCGAAAAUGCCUUUGAUGGAAAUCCCAACAUGGUGGUCCAUGCAAGAAAGGAAAACAACCUUGCCCAAUGUAAGAGAGAACCUCCCCCUGAAACGCUCGAUUUUUAUAUAUCCCCUGAGGGGAACAAACUGAACGAAGCAGAAGACGCCCCUUUGGGUAAAAACGUAGAGGAGGUAUUCCAUUUUGGAAAAAAGUCCAACGAAAUGGAUAACUUCUUCUGGGCAAGACAAAACGAACCACAGAAUAAAAAAAAUGAGAAAAAAAAAAAAAACUUACAUAAUGUAGAAAAUGAUGAUAAUGACUCUUCCUCCGAUAAUGAGAACGACAACAAGAACAACAGUAGAGAUCGUAACGACACGAACAACGACAACGGGGAGGUGGAUUUUUUUGAUUUCAUAUAUGGAAAUCAGAACACGUAUGAAGUGAACCUGUCGAAUUAUUACACCGUGACGGAUGAUAAUAAUGUUCAUAUAAAUUACAUCGAUGGAGAAGUCAUGUUUAAAAAUAUCCUAAAAUGUUUAGAGAUAAAGGAUAUUAAAAGUUAUGUUUUUCCUUCGUGGAUCCCUCGAAGGAGCAUAAAAAAUUUUUUAGUCAGACCUGUUACGGAAAUGUAUGGACAGCAAGUCACUAGUAGUAACUCAUUUGCGAAUCUCACUGUCGCCAAAGGGAUGGGCAAUCUUUUUAUGAACAAGUACGCCCCGGAAGAUUCUCCGUUUGGAAACAAACUAGCCGUGCAGAGUAACGUCUGGAAUUUGUGCACAAGUGGGGAAUUUUAUCUGAGCAAGCAGCUGGUUCCCAUGAACGUUUUUUUUUCCCUCCCUAAGAUGGGUCGUCUGGAAGGCAAGCGGGAAGAAUACCACGAAGGGGGGUACUUAUCACGUGGGGGAGAUGGGAAGGUGGAUCCAACGCGGGGAGAGUUCCAAAUGGAGGUGUCCAAUAGGGGAGCUCCUCUUCAGGACGUGAACAUAAAGGUCAGCGACGAGUUGGGAAAAGAACCCGUGGAGGGAGGGAACCGGAGGGAAUUGAAAAGCACAGAUUACCCUACGGAUGAGUUUGCGGUUUCCCCAUAUCACGCCCAUAGCGAAGCGUGUGAACACCAGAACGAUGAAGAGCAGAUGAUAGCGCAGUCCUUCUUGCACAUUUUUGGCGAAAAGUACUUUUCACAAACGAGCGCCUUCAAGGAGACGUUUCUCUUCUACCUGAGGAGUAACUAUUUCGAAAUGAGUCAUCACUUCAGUAACCACGUAAACUUUAACGACAUAGAAGAAAGACUAUAUAGUUAUAUACAAAAUAAUUUUACCCAGAAAAUGCCUUUAUUUGACACGAAUAAUUAUCAUCCGAAUGAGUGCUUCCUGUGUAAAGAAAAACUUCAGUUCGAUUAUUCAUAUGAAUACAAUGACUUUUACUACACGGAUGCUGUGGCUGUGGAUUUGAAUAACCUGCUCGAGGAGGAGGAGGAUAAGGAACAAACAAACACGUACAGCUUCAGUUUCAGUGCCAACAGGAUUGACGAACUGAGCGAUAGGUGCAUUUAUAACGAUCCAAGUUAUGACAUAUUGGACAACGGAAUUAGGGAAGCGGAAAUUAUUUUCCAAAAGGUGCAAAAUGGAGACGCAUGUUCGGGCAACGGAGUGAGCCAAUUGGAGGAAGAAAAAAAUAACACAACUAUUGCAACUGAUGAUAGCCACCUUGGGGAAAAGUACAAAACGGUUCACAACUCAGUACACAUGAAUGAACUGCUCGAAAAUGUAAAAAAAAUAAUUGGGGAAAAUUGUGUACUGAAAAAAACUGUCAUCGAGUCAGCUUUAAAAUAUAAUUGCCAAAUAAAAAAUAUGAACAGGAAAAAAAAAAAAAAAAAAGAUGACCACAUUCAGCAUUACAAUAAUUUAUUUAAAAGUUUUUGCAUUCCCUACGAAACAGUAAGUAUUCUCCAUGACAUACAAAAAGAAAACCAAAACAGGAGCAGCGUUAACGUUAAUAAUGUCUCCCAAUUUGAUAUUAACCAUGAAUAUGCAAAUGACGAAAUUGAUGAUUUUGUGAAUUAUUUCGAAAAUGCCACACAACAAGUGACCAAUUCGCUGUUCGAAAAUAUCUACAAAGGGAAAAAAAUGGACAAACAUAUUUUUACGCACAUGACAAAUUGCUAUAUAAAUGACGAUAAUGAAAAAAAGGACAGUUUUACUCAUAUCUAUUUCCCGUCCAAAAAUUAUUUGCACACAAACUUCACUUAUUUUCACCAUCAGUGUUUUAAAAAUUAUGUGCAGUAUUUUAUUUUCCCAUAUUAUUUCUUAACCAAGUUGGAUGAUCACCUUUUUAAAAAAAUUGUCAUAUCUGCUGUGAGGCAGUUUUUCAAGGCAUAUCAUCGUAUUUGUAAGUUUGGCACUUCUGGGGUGAAGCACGCCGGGGGCAGCCGUCCGUGUGAAAAGAAAAGGCCGACUCCAAAAGCGGGGCAGCUCCAGCGGAGGAGGCACUUUUAA